AUGGUAGAAUUAGUAUGUGGUUUGGAACAACGAAAAAAAAUUGAAGCUAUACCUUUAUCAAAUGAUAUUACUAUCAACUCUAGGAUUCCUGAUAUGUCCACUAACAUUUUGGAACAAGUAAUUCGGGAAUUAGAUUCAACUCCUUUUCCAUUCAGUAUGCAGUUGGACGAAAGUACAGAUAUCUCUCAAUGCAGCCAAUUAUUAGUUUUUGUACGUUACAUAUAUUCUGGAACUAGUAAAGAAGAAUUUUUAUUUUGUCAACCACUUUUGAAAACUACAAGGGCAAUUGACGUGUUACGCAAUUCUUUCCUCGUGGAGUUAAAUACAAUUGAUGAUUCAGAUCUCGUUAAAGAUGAACUAAUUGAUUUAAGAUCAAAAGAAAUGGCACGCCACGACUUUCAAACAAAAAAUCUAAUCGAAUUUUGGUGUUCGUUGACGAUGGCUUAUCCACGAGUUGUAUCCAGGGCAAUGGAAUUUUUGAUUCCAUUCGCUACUACCUAUCUUUGUGAGUCUGGAUUUUCCACAAUGGUCACAAUUAAAACUAAAGCAAGAAAUCGAUUGGACAUUAAGGACGAUAUGUGCGUUGCUCUGUCCAAUACGGUCCCAGAUUUCAAGGCAAUAUUGCAAUCAAAACAACAACAAAUGUCAGAUUAUAAAUUGUAUUUGACUAUAAGAAAGUGA